AUGAAACUCUUUUUGCUUCCAAAAAGAUAAAAAGCCCAGAAUAAUAAUAAGAAACUUUAAAAAAAGCGCGUCAAGGUGAUUUUACAGAUCCAGAUGUUAUUUUGAUUCCUGAAUCUGAAUUAUAAAGAAUAAAAAAUAAUGCAAUAAUAACUACAAAAGAAGAAUAAUUACAUCAAAAGAAAAUAUUGGAAGAAUAAAAAGAAAAAUAAAUGGCAGCAGCUAAAGCAAAAAAAUAAAAAAUGCUUUAAAUAGAAGAAGAAAAAAAAAAACUUGUUCCACUUUCAGAAGUAGAAUAAGAAGAAAAAAUAGUUAAAGAUUCUCUUAUUAACAGAGCUUAGGAAAUAUUAGCUGAAUAAUUAGAUGAUGUAAAAGAAAUGAACAAAAUGGUUAUGUAUGCUAAAUGUGUUACUAUUCGUGAUAAAUAACUUGUAGAGAAAAAAAAUAUUCAUGAUGAUAUAAAAAACUAAGAAAAAAGAAAAGACUUAAUGAUGGAAAUUGAAAGGCUUAAAAAAAUUAAAUAUUAUGAAGAAUUAGAAAAAAGAAAGAAAGAAGAAUUAAGAGAAGGGCAUCACAAAAUUAUUGAAUAAAUUAAAGAAAGAGAACUUGUCCGUUUAAGAGACAAAGAAGAAUUAGAAAAAGAAGGUUAAUUAAUGAUUAAAGCAAUUAAUUAACUUGAAAUUGAAGAAUAAAAUAAAGCCUUAAAAAAAAAGUCUGAUGCUAAAUUACUUUUAGAUUAAAUUUUUGAAGCAAACUCAAACGCUAUUCUCGUAAAAUAAAAACGUAUAUAAGAAGAAAUAACUGAAGAUGAAAAAAUAUUAAAAUAUAAUUUAGAAAAGGCUUAAAAAGAAGCUGAAACGUUAGCAGAACAAAAACGAAUUAAGGAUGAAAUAGAAAAAGAAUUAUAAAGAUUAAGAGAAAUGCAAGAGAAGGCAACUGAUAGAUAAGCAGAAUUAGAUGCUUUGAGGGCUAAAAGAGCAAUGGAAUAAAACGAAAGAAAUGCUCGUGAAAAAGAAAGAAAAGAAGCCGAAUAAAGAGAAAGAAUAAAUGCUGAAUUAAUGGAAGCUAGAAGAUAAUAGUAAUACGAAAAAGAAUAAAGAUUAUAAGAAUAAGCAAAAUAAGAUAGAGAUGAAUUCUAGAGAAUUAUUUAAGCUUAAAAAUUGGAAAGAGAUAUUGAAUUAAAAAUAGAAUAGGAAAGAGAAAAUUAAAUUAAAAAACAUGCAGAAUAGUUAAGAAAGUAGAUAGCUUUGAAUGAAGAAAAGCUUAAAUAAGAUUAAAGAAGUAGAUUGGAGGAAGGAAAGAAAAUUAGAGAUUAAUUAUCAUAAUAAAAAAGAAUGUUGGAAUAAAUAAAAGAACAAAAACUAGAAUAAUUACAUAAAUUAGAUAUUCCAGAAAAAUAUACAGCAGAACUUGAACGCAAAAAAAUUGUUAUUUGAAAUUCAAUUAUAUUUUUUACUUUUUUUUUAUAGAAAUAUAAUUUCAUUAGAAGAAACAAUUGC